GAGAAUCCGCUGUGAACAGACGAGACCUUAAAAGAAUGUUAACCAAAUUGCUUAAGAUUAACUGCACUUCACGGCAAUGUACAUUUGCCAAGCCAUUCGAGGCGAUUCCUGGACCACGCGGUCCUUUUGGACUGGGCAAUCUUUACAAUUAUAUGCCUGGCAUUGGCAGCUACUCCUGGCUGCAAUUGCACAAAGCUGGCCAGGAUAAAUACGACAAGUAUGGCUCCAUAGUUAGGGAAACUAUGGUGCCUGGUCAAGAUAUUGUUUGGCUCUACGAUCCCAAGGAUAUAGCCACUCUACUCAAUGAACGCGACUGUCCACAGAGACGCAGCCACCUGGCCUUGGCCCAGUAUCGCAAACAACGUCCUCAUGUCUAUAAAACCACUGGAUUGCUGCCCACCAAUGGUCCGGAUUGGUAUCGCUUGCGUUCCCAACUCCAAAAGGAACUGAGUGCACCAAAAAGUGUUCGCAAUUUUGUACCCCAAGUGGAUGGAGUGACUCAAGAGUUUUUGCAAUUUCUGCGAAAAUCGCAACAAGAUCAAGUAAUACCAGCCGAAGAUAUGUUGCCCAAGUUAACACGCUUGAAUUUGGAAUUGACCUGCCUCCUUACCUUCGGUGUACGUUUGGACUCCUUUUCCGCCGCAGAGCAGCAUCCAAAGUCACGGUCCACUCGCCUCAUGCACGCCGCCGAGACGACUAACAGCUGCAUCCUGCCCACCGAUCAGGGUCUGCAACUCUGGCGCUUUAUCGAAACCCCAAGUUUUCGGAAAUUACGUCAAGCCCAAUUGUAUAUGGAGAGUGCAGCCUUGGAGCUGGUGGAGCAAAAUAUGCAAAAUCCAACCAAGAGUGCUUCAUUAAUUAGCGCUUAUAUGGAUAAUCGUCAUUUGGAUCGCUAUGAUGUGGUGGGAACAGCAGCAGAUCUAUUACUAGCUGGCAUAGACACAACCUCAUAUGCAUCAGCAUUUCUGCUCUACCAUGUGGCACGAAAUCGGGAUGUUCAGCAAAGGCUAUACGAGGAGGCGCUUAGGGUAUUACCCGAUCCCAAAGAACCUCUCUGUGCUGACAAUCUACGCACUGAUAUAACCUAUACGAGGGCAGUUCUAAAGGAAUCGUUGCGCUUGAAUCCAAUAUCCAUAGGUUUUGGGCGCAUACUUAAUCAGGACACUGUACUAAGUGGUUAUUUUGUCCCCAAGGGGACUACUGUGGUUACCCAGAAUAUGGUUGCUUGUCGUUUAGCCCAGCAUUUCGAUGAUCCUCUGAGCUUUCAGCCUGAUCGUUGGCUCCAACAACGUAAUGCCCUGAAUCCGUAUCUAGUUCUGCCCUUUGGUCAUGGAAUGCGUGCUUGUAUAGCUCGUCGUCUUGCCGAACAGAAUAUGCACGUAUUGCUCUUGCGGCUUUUGCGCAACUAUGAACUCAUCUGGCGUGGUCAAACAGAUGCUGAAUUGGACGUCAUCACAUUGCUGAUCAAUAAGCCCAAUGCUCCAGUAUUGAUUGAGUUGCGAUCGCGUUUUUGAUCGAUUUACAAUUCAAAUAACCGAAUUGAAAUUCCUUCUUUUUUCUUACAUGAAUUUGCAAAAACAUUUCUCAUACUAUAUAGUACAUAUACC